GUAACGUGUUCAGUGUAAACAUGACUAGCCUAACAACAAACUAGACCAUAGUCGGCAAGUGAUUUGACCACUCGUGUAAGUUAUGAUACUUUACCAGCUCUAUACUAGUUUUUUAAUAUUAGGAUUCGUAGUUGAAGUUCGGUCACAUGUUGAAAUAGAAGCAGAAGAUUAUUUUUUUCCCUUAGAACCGGUUAUUAACUUCUGCAAAAUGGCUGACCAGUGUCAACAUGAUUUCGUCCCGAUUUGUGGACAGGACUCUUUGGGUAUUUCUAGAAUGUUCAACGAUAAUUGCGAUUUAUAUGAAUACAACUGUGAUGAGAAAAAACAGUACCGACAUGUUAGAGUGGAUGUAUGCAAAUACGAAGCAGCUGCGGCCGAGAGAAUGGAAAACUGACUUCAAAAAAAAAAUUAUAAGCUUUCAAAUAAUUAAGUCCCUUGCCAUAGGGUCAUAGGGUCAUGUCGCAGUAUAAAAAAGAGACACAGUCGUCGGACGCCUGUGAUCUCUGGUAUAACUCGGUCGCGCUAAGUUUGCACCUCGCUGGAAUGCGGCGCCUAUCCCACUUACCCGCUCACGUCCCCGCGGUCGUCUUGUCGUGCCAGUACGGUUCGCAUACCGUACCUAAACGUCAGUGUGACGUAAUCGACGCGAGGUGCAAACUUAGCUUGACCGAGUAGUAAAUGACGACCAUGACGACCUUUCAACAUAGGCUAGCUAACCUAACCUAACUAGUAACUACGCAGGCCAGUACAAUCCGGGUCGCAAAUCGCACCUUCACCCCGCACUUAUCGUACGAUUGCUCUGUCUAGACGGCUUUGUCGAUCGAACCUCUUUAUGUAACAUGAAAUAUCAUAUCCUAACUCUGUGGCCAUGUCGAUUAAAUUCGGAUUUUUGUAUCUACGUGAAUGUGAAGGUCCUAUUGUGAUAAAAUCUUGGUCAAACCUAGAUCAAGGUUUUGCGAAAAAAUUUACCUACCUAUAAUUACAAGAAAGUUGAUAUAAAUAUAUAGCUCGAUAAAUCUAUUUGUGAAUAAUUGUAAUUGAUUAUUAUUAUUGUAUUAAUGCAUCUUAUAAAGUACACUGAUUUUAA